AGGUUUUCUUUGGUUUGUGUUUUGUUAUGUUUUAUUUCUAGAUAAUGUAGAAAUACCAGAGAAUUAUAUACCUAAUAGGAAGACAGACAUUGCCAGAGAAGCCACAAAGAAGGUGGCGAUAGGUGUAGAUGUAUUAACAAAUUGAUUCUCAGGUGCAGAAAACGGCGUGCAUGCAGGCUCACUGACGGCGAUGUCUUUGCUUAGGUUGCAUUGCCAGGUUCUUCUACCACUUCUCUCUUCAGGUCCAAACACUCAUGACUUGGCACCAGACGGGAUGAGAAAUCAUACAGCAAUAACAACAUUCAUCUUACUGGGGUUGACAGAUGACCCAGAACUACAAGUUCUCAUUUUUCUGUUUUUGUUUCUAACCUACAUACUGAGUGUGGCUGGGAACCUCACCAUUAUCACGCUCACGCUUUUGGAUCCCCACCUUAAAACACCCAUGUACUUCUUUCUCCGGAAUUUCUCUUUCUUAGAGGUCUCAUUCACCACUGUGUGUAUUCCCAGAUUCCUGUACAUGAUGGCGACAGGAGACAACACUGUUACGUACAACGCUUGCGCCACCCAGUUGUUCUUUGUUGUCUUCUUCGGGGCCACAGAAUUUUUCCUCCUCGCCGCCAUGUCCUACGAUCGCUAUGUAGCCAUCUGCCAGCCCCUGCAUUACACCACCUUAAUGAACACCCGAGUCUGCGCCGUUCUUGUUCUCGCCUGCUGGUUUGCCGGCCUGCUGAUCAUCCUCCCGCCUCUUGGCAUCGGCCUCCAGCUGGAGUUCUGUGACUCCAAUGUGAUUGAUCAUUUUGGCUGUGAUGCCUCUCCCAUUCUCCAGAUAACCUGCUCAGACACAGUGUUGAUAGAGAAGAUUGUCUUGGCUUUUGCCAUACUGACACUCAUUAUUACUCUAGUGUGUGUUAUUUUGUCCUACGCACACAUCAUCAAGACCAUUUUAAAGUUUCCUUCUGCCCAGCAAAGGAAAAAGGCCUUUUCCACCUGUUCUUCCCACAUGAUAGUGGUUUCUCUCACCUACGGCAGCUGCAUCUUCAUCUACAUCAAGCCCUCAGCAAAGGAAGGGGUGGCCAUUAACAAGAUUGUGUCUGUGCUCACGACAUCAGUCGCCCCUUUGCUUAACCCGUUCAUUUACACGCUCAGAAACAAGCAAGUGAAAGAAGCUUUCAAAGACACAGUAAAACGACUUGUAUUUCUCACAAAGAAGUAAGUUUUUAGGCUAACGUAAAUUUUGGUCUAAGUAACCAUGAGCAGCAUUCAUGAACUUGACAAUGUGUA